AUGCUGGCUCCUAUUGUCACCAAAGAUAUGCGGCUUUUUCCCGCGCAGAAGUUGCCGCCAUGCGUGAAGAAUGUUCGAAGCAGAGCUCAAAGCCUCGAUCACUUUCAAGACCUGCAAAACAGUGGAAGCUCUCGAGGACGUAUCAUUCCGGUCAAGCCAAGAACAUCUGCCUCGACUGGCAACCUCCCGUCAGCUGGAGUCGCCAGAAGCCCUCCGAAGGCCUCUGUGACAAGGAAGACGACGUUGACGGCCAUUCAGGAAGGCGUCGAAAUGACCAGCCACGCCAUUCCCAGCAGUCGGAGGUGACCAUACCCCACUUAUUUCAUUGCUUCUUUUUCUAUCUCUUGCUUUUUCUCACUCGAAUGUUGUUGACCUUUCUUUUUUUUUUACUGUUCUAGUUCCAAAAGUCACGGUGUUGACUUUCAAAACAAUCCAUAUCAGAAUUUUGAUAUUCGGACACCGAAAUUAGGAGAUAAGGUCAAAGAAGAUUCCUGAAUUUGAAAUUUCCUAUAGAAAAAUAUUUUGAAUAGCAAACUUUUCGAGCGAUUAGUUUUUUUUCCAUCAAAAAGAAAAUUAAUGGAAGGAAGUAGCUUUCUCCGACUUUUAACCAGUAACUUUUUCUCCUUUUUUUGGUUUCUAGAGUGUUCUCUCUCGAUGUCUGCACCCUCUAAUUCAUAUUUCUUUUCUCUGCGCUUUUUUCUCCUUUUUCGGCGGUCAAUUUUUCUGUCCGUGACGACGUCAUACUUCCUUUUCAAAAAGCACUUUACAUUGUUUACCAGUAUUACUUAUAAAACUCUUAGGUGAGAUGAAAACACGGUUAGAAAGAAAAAGGUCAGUACUGGAAUCACAUUUUGUAUUCCAAUGUCAUUUUUUUGCCGUUUGUGUGCGUUUAAUGGGGCUACUACAAUCGUCAAAUCAACCAUAAAAGUCCAUCAGUGGGAAAAAAUGAUGGCCCACGUUUUUUGACUAAUUCAUUGGAUGAAUUAUAUUUUCCACAUAUGCCAGUCUAAUAUUUUUUUCCUAUUUUUUUCACCAACAGUGCGAAGUUAUCAAAAAAACUCAAGUCGAGUUAUUACAGGCUCGCCAUUUUCUCAUUUCGCUUAUUCACAUUUUUCCAGCUUUAUGCUGUUAUUUAUUGUUGAGAAAACGGAGUUUAUCCAGAGUUUCAAGGCAUUAGGAAAAGCUUGAUGUUCGAACGCAAAAAAAAAAUGCUCUCAUAUUUUGCAUAGCUCGAAAAGCUUAUCCAUAGGAAGAGGUACCAAAGAAUCUAUCUUUGAGGAUCCUUUGUGUAGAAUCUUGCAAUUAGAUUCAACCAACAUUGACUUACUGACAUGUUUUCCAGUGAGUCAUCGAGUGUGACUUCGGCGGCGAGCACUUCGAGCGGAACGCGGAGAGGUCGUGCGGAGCAGCGCAACGGCAAAGUGCCUCAGACGGCAUCUGCUCCCGAGCCACUGGAAAACGCCGAGGGCAGCAAGAAGAACAGCGUUCUGAAAUGGAUCGCCAACACGUUGCGACGUUCUUCUAAAGACAAGUCCCGCUCCAACUCUGACGCUACCAGCACCAAUUCCAAUUAGGUACGCUUCUACACUGCUUUGAGAGCAAGUCAGUCGAGAUCAAAAGAAAGUUUGCAAGAGUCCAACGGAAUCAAUCUAAAAUUAUUUCUCUAGCCUUUCAGAUUUCGUAAUUCAAAAAAGAACAUUUCUUCUGGUAAUUCAUUUUACUCCUAAAGAUUAUACAAAUAUGUAUAACAUUCAAAAAAGUUUUUCUGUUUCUAAUAUCCUCAAAAUAUAUCAGUUCAAAGAUCGGAUCUUUUUAUUUUAUCCAUCAUCGGCUUUAACAAUUAUCCAAGAAAUCUAUAAUUUCCCCCUGAGAAAAAUUCUCUUUCUCGUGAAAUAAUCUGAAAUCUUGAAUUGAUUCGAAAGUUGGUAAUUUUUUAAUUUGCGAGUCAGCAAUGAUCCUCUGGAACAAUGCAGUGUCUGAGCUUUUACAAAUAUAUUUCAUAAAAACUUGAAAGAUAGUCAAUUUUCGAAAACUUCCUUUCGAGCUGAUGACGUCAUUUCGAUCAUAAUAAAUUCAUCAUCAACUCUCAAUUUCAUAUUGUAAUGUCAUUCCGUGCGCCAUUUCCGCCUUCUUAUCUUUGAGGGUCAGCAUUUGCCUCGGGCAUUUUUAAAGGAGCUAAAAAGCCGCUGUGCCUGAUAGACGAUUGACAAGCCGGAGGCAGCUGUCUUCCACGCGCACGAACUUUUGCUCGGUCCAAAAGUAUUUGGUUUCGCAAAUAAACGCGUCAUGAAUUUAUGAGGUUAAGCAUAGAUUACACAUUUAUGUGUGAAAAAAUUUGGGCUAUUGAUAUCAAAAGAUUUGUUUUAUUUGGUCAUAAUAUGAAAAUAGUAUCCUCCUUAUUGACUGCGGACAAAAAAAGCAAAAGAUCCGUCAAACCUCUUUUUGCACAUGGCUGAUCGUGUCACUCUUUCUAAUUUCUUUCAAGCCAGCGGUGAAUACUCAGUGAGCAAAUAAGUUCAACAAGUGAAAAAAAUUUCGAUCACAAACAAUUUCAAUAUUUUCAGCACAGUCUUCCGUUCGAUGCAGUAUCUGGUUCCCGUUUAGCCUUCUUAUUAGGUGAGCCUCUUAUUUCUAUACCUCCUAGGUGAUAAAUCUUGUCAGAAAGAUCACACCGUUUUUGUCUUCUUAUCAAUUUACCGCACAUGAUAAGUCUUUCUAAACGCAUCGCUAAAAUUUCACAAUCGUAAAAAAAGAGCUCUAAAACUGAUUUUUCUUUUCAGAUGA